UUCCGCUAGGAGACUGCACUCACUUCCCUUACACCUGUACUCGCCUGACAACACAGACACCACACACAAGUCAACCCACUGUCUUCCUGAGAGCCAAAAGAAAAAAAAAAUCAUGGAUCUACACAUAAGCAUUGUCACUAUACUGGUCUUAAUACUCCAAGCCUUCAGUGGGGUGCGACUCCAGGAGUCUACAGUGACCUCAGCACCCCCACCAGUGCCCAUUGAAACUGAGGAACCUGAAGGAAACAGUGAUACUGAUUUAUCCCUUACCUUCAGUGGAAUGGGUGACACUGGAGACAUGGAUUCGAACAAUAGCACAGUGCUCACCACAACAGUCACUCCAAACGAUGGCAUCCCAGGGCUGCCUGAGACUACAACUCCGAAGGCUGCCCAUCCGGCCAAUGACCUAAAUACAACUGAAAACCUCACCAGCACAACAACUUUACCGGCGACCUCAGUAGCUCCAACUGUAAUUCCCACGGUUCUUACAACAUUUGUGUCUAAUGACACUGGAGCCAGUAACACCAGCCAACCUGAUGUGCCCAGUGCCACUGAAAUAAGUCCCGUGGAUCCCUCCUCGAACGGCACAGUGGAUGAGCCCAACGCCACAGUAACAGAUGCUCCUCAGAGGCAUCCUUCCGCACAGCCCACAACGGAAUUCGCCCCCACCCCAACCGUGACGACUUCCACCCCAACUUCCACUGCUGAGGUUCCCAACACCACGAUCAAGGCUGGGGCUUCAGGGAACAACUCAGACAGAGGUCUUUCACCAGGUGUCAAGAGGAGGGGAAAUGGGGAUGCCUGGGGUGCCAUCAUUGGUACAGCUCUGGCUGUGGGCUUUGUGGGUUUCAUCAUUUACAUCCUCCUUAAGAAGAAAGGCAGACGGGAAUUCAUGCACAGAAAACUCAUCGAGGACAUGCCUCCAGACCCAGUUCAUCGACUAGACAAUGGCGAGCCUCUGGACUUGAAAUUUGAUGGAUCGGCGUACUACAACCCAGGACUCCAAGGAGACAACAUUCAGAUGACCAGCUUCCCACAGGGACAAAUGCACUAACAGACAAACAAUCAGGAGAGCCAAGAGAGACUCUCACUAAUAGUUAUACAGUAGCAAUAUAACUUGAGCAUUGUUUUCCUGGAAAACACUUAACUAGAGUGCCUUCAUUAGAGGAUCCAGCCACUUUUCAGAUGAGGGAGAUUUUUGUUAUAAAGCAUACAUUUUGAAAAAUAAUAUAUUGAAGUGAACUUUAUGAAGUCUAUUUCAUAUGAAGAAUUCAAACGAGAAUGACAUUUCUUCCUAGAACAUUCUGCAGAAACCUCAAAACUGUCAGAUGAGACUGCCAACCUUGAAUAAUAUGCUCAUGGUUUUCCACAAUAUGCUUGUAUCAAAUGAUGAAAAUUCAACAAUGAUAUUUCUGUUUGGAGACUGGGAAUUUACUGCAGUGAUAUCUAAAUUACAUCACACUAAAAUGUAAACCUAUACCGUUCAUUAUUUCGUGUAAUGACACAGUUUUUCAUUUUCACUUGUCCAUAAAGUAUAAAUUGCAGCCAUUUUCAUUUUAGGAAUGUACAUGGUAGAAAAAUCAAAAUAUGAAGAGAUACAGUUUUAAAAUAAAACAACUCAACAUUUGCAGUCUCAGAUGGUGCCAAAGUCAGGGUUUUUGAUUAUGAACUGGACAUAAAAAGUGGUGUAUUUUAGAGUUUUAUCCACACUUUACAGUUUCUGAUUGAAACAUAUGAUUAUAAUCAAUAAUAACAACAGUCACCAGACUGUGGCUAAGAUGGUAUAUUUUGUUGGGAAAGUCUCUCUUUCCUUUGCCUCUAGAGCUACAUUUGGUAAUUGUACACUGGAAGGAGGUGUAGCAACUUUAAAAGUUGAAAAUACUUUAACAUGGUGGUGUAUGUAUAGAAGGUCCAUAUGAAAUUUGAUAGCUAAUGUAAGAGAAACUCAGUCAUGGCUCUUGUAUGUAGAGGGAAGUCACUGCCAUGCCAGUGCUUUGUCUGCAUUUUUAAAACAUGACUGACAAAAUAAGACAGAUACAUGAUUUUACAAUGAAUAUCAUUUACAGUUAUACUCAUGCAGCAUAGGCGUUAUUGGUCAAAUGACUAUUUUGUCUGCAUUUGGGUUAGUUGCUGUUUGCUUGUAUGAAACAUUUUUCAAUUGUUUCAUGUAUCAGAAUGUGCUUGAAUGUACUUGUAGGGCUAAUCAUUUGACCCAGAAUUUAGGAAUCAAUAAAAGAGGUCAUAUAACUGGACCAUUAGUUCACCUGGGAGCUCAUUUAACUCAAACUUGAAUUUCUAACUUGCUAUUUAUACUAAGAUGAUUUGUUGUUUAUACUUGACAAAUUCAGUUUACACUUUAGUUUAACCUUGUAGUUAAUCUGACACAUAGACCUUAAUUUGUGGCAUUUCAUUAAUUGAAGGGUAAAGUUUGUCUUAUGCACUAGAUGUGCUGAAUUGUGUUACAGUUUCUUUACAAUGCAAGAAAGUGAGUUGUACUAAUACUAAAAAGGUGUAAGGAAUAAAAUGUGUUUCUACUUACCCCAUAUUGCCAUGAAGAUGGCAAAGAAUACAGUACCACUGUUGUCAAAGAGAUGGGUCACCUAGCAAAACAAUAAAAAAAAACAAAGUAUGUCCUUUUAGUGUACAAUUCCACUCAUAAACAAAGGAAAAAUGGCACUGGAUCUCAAAGACUAAAUCUAUGGAAUGGCCUAUUUUCAUAAAAAAAAAACAGAAGCUUUUUAAAGCUAAAAAAACAGCUCUUGCAAUUGCAAGUUUUAAAAAUACCUUGAUUCUUUUUUACAAUCAUCAUAGUCAUUUGGGCAUAAAAGACACAGAAAAUAUCACUUGUAGGAAUCGACACAAUACAGAGUGGUAUUCAAAUACACUUGAGAGAUGGAUUCUUAGAUCUCUUUUCAAUCAACCUGCAAUUUGUUUUCUUGAUUUUGAUGGGAUUUUCCUUUUUUUUUUUAAAUGACUAGUACAGUACUUGCCAAAAUUUAUCUCUCAAACCUGCAGACAAACAAUAUUAUGCUAUUAUCAUCUCUUCAUAAAAGCUAUUAUCAAUGUGGAGAUUAUUCAAUGGUUGUCUCCAAACAAAAAGGAGAACUGCACAACUAAUGGGCCUUGUCAAUGAUAGACAUUUUAUAUGCGAGGUGAGCAGAGCUGUUUUCUCAUGAUCACUCAUCUUCUUCAUUAAAACACUGAAGUGUUUUCCUCCCAAAUUUUCUAGCUUUCUGCUUCAUCCCCAAGUCCAUCAUAAAAACAGAUGUGUAUGCCCAGCACUAACAUGCACACAUUUUCAAAUGUCAAAAUGCACUUACAAAUGUGCGUAUAUUUGGACAAAGGCCCUUCCCAAGAACAGCAUUGUUUUGACUUGUUUGACUUGUUUGACUUGAUGUGAUGUGUUCUUAAUAACACUAGUUUCAUAAUACUUGUACUGUUAUUCUUCAGAGGUCGAGUACAUUCAAGGGAGACUGGAAUUUUAAAUGGGUACCUUUUGUACUUUUUACAGUUUCACCAUAGAAUUCAUAAAGUUACUGCUCUGUAGCUUUUGCCAGCUGUUUUAUACACAUAUUUAAGAUCCCUAUCCUUCAGCACUGUACCAAGCCCUUUGAAAUAAAGUGAUUUCAAACUUCCCUCUUCUUUGCUCAGUUUACCAGAACACAAAACUUACUACCUCCUACUCCCUAGGAAGGCAUU